CUAAAAAGAAAAAGAAAUUAAUAAUUGCAGAGUUAGAAAAUCAAGACAAUAAAUGAGGAGAAGACUGAGAAGAGGAGCAGAAAGCAAAAAGACUGAAGUUUCUUCUUUGAUUUUUGUUCUUCAGAAAGAAAGAGAGAGAGAAAAAAAAAACUCGAAUGAGUACUCUGUCUCCUUUCACUAAGCCAGCUCAUUCCUUCUAAUUUACAGAUUAAAAGAGACUCGAAGCUUGAUUCUUUCACUCUUGAAGUUUCAUGACCCGUCUCAAAUGAAAAAACCCAUCUUUUUCUUCUUCUCCAAAUUGACGCCUUUCUCAAAGAGUCGGAAGUCACUUUUAUGCUCGUAAGAUUUUAUAUUGCAUGGCAUUGAUCAUUGGGGCUGACUUCGCUGAAGAUGGAAUUAUUUCGUGGUUUUCUUAUAUUGACUUGCUUUCUUUCUUUUGUAUCUGCUAAUUUACAAGGAGACGCUUUGUUUGCAUUGAAGACUUCACUCCAUGCCUCACCUGAUGAGUUGAGAGAUUGGAAUCCCGAUCAAGUUAACCCUUGUACCUGGUCAAAUGUUAUGUGUGAUUCUAGUAAUAAUGUCAUUUCUGUGACGUUGUCAUCCUUGAACUUCUCCGGCACAUUGUCCCCUAAAAUAGGAGCUCUGACGACUCUUUCAUCACUUACAUUGAAAGGAAAUGGUAUAACUGGUGAGAUUCCAAAAGAGAUAGGGCACUUGUUGAGCUUGACCAGCUUGGAUUUGGAAAGUAAUCGUUUAACUGGAGAGAUACCUCCUUCUCUCGGUAACCUUAAGAAUCUCCAAUUCCUGACACUGAGUAAGAACAAUCUUACUGGGACUAUCCCUUCGUCGAUUUCAAAUCUUCCAAAGUUGAUCAAUCUCCUGCUCGAUUCAAAUGAUCUUAGCGGUCAAGUUCCAGAUGAUUUAUUCCACAUUCCGAUUUACAAUUUUACAGGAAACAGAUUAAAUUGUGCUGGAAAUUUCCCGCAGAGUUGUGUAUCGAAUGGAAAUGAUUCAGGUUCUUCGGGGAAGUCGAAGGUUGGAAUUAUAGUUGGAAUCCUUGGCGGGUUUAUAAUUCUUCUUAUCUUUGGUGGUUUGCUGUUUUUCCUGUGCAAGGGUCGCCGGAAAGGCUACAGGAGCGAUGUAUUUGUAGAUGUUGCAGGUGAAGUCGACCGAAGAAUUGCUUUUGGUCAACUGAAAAGGUUUGCAUGGAGGGAAUUACAAUUGGCUACUGACAGCUUCAGCGAAAAAAAUAUCCUUGGACAAGGAGGUUUCGGGAAGGUUUAUAAAGGUGUUCUUUCUGAUAACACAAAAGUUGCAGUUAAGAGAUUAACUGAUUUUGAAAGUCCCGGAGGAGAUGCGGCUUUUCAACGUGAGGUCGAGAUGAUAAGCGUAGCUGUUCACAAGAAUCUAUUAAGGCUGAUUGGCUUUUGCACGACACCAACUGAACGCCUUUUGGUCUAUCCAUUUAUGGAGAACUUAAGCGUGGCCUAUCGCCUUAGAGAGCUCAAACCCGGCGAACCUGUUUUAGAUUGGCCUACAAGGAAAAGAAUAGCCUUGGGUGCAGCACGAGGGCUGGAAUAUCUUCACGAACAUUGCAAUCCGAAGAUCAUUCAUCGGGAUGUCAAGGCAGCUAAUGUAUUAUUGGAUGAAGACUUUGAAGCCGUUGUUGGUGACUUUGGCCUUGCAAAGUUGGUGGAUGUGAGGCGGACAAAUGUUACGACUCAAGUUCGUGGAACAAUGGGUCACAUAGCACCCGAGUACUUGUCCACGGGGAAGUCAUCAGAAAGGACAGAUGUAUUUGGUUACGGGAUUACGCUUCUAGAGCUUGUAACAGGUCAACGUGCGAUCGACUUUUCACGCUUGGAAGAAGAAGAUGAUGUUUUGCUGCUUGAUCAUGUCAAGAAGCUUGAAAGGGAGAAAAAGCUGGAUGCUAUUGUAGAUCGGAACCUUAAUAAAAACUACAACAUCGAGGAGGUCGAGGCAAUGAUCCAAGUUGCAUUGCUCUGUACCCAAUCUUCACCCGAGGAGCGUCCGGCAAUGUCGGAGGUGGUAAGGAUGUUGGAAGGAGAGGGGCUGGCCGAGAGAUGGGAAGAAUGGCAGCAUGUCGAAGUUACCCGUAGGCAAGAGUACGAAAGACUUCAAAGGAGAUUCGAAUGGGGAGAAGAUUCAUUAUAUAAUCAGGACGCGAUCGAGUUAUCGGGCGGAAGAUGAGGUAAAGAUUUCCUUGGAAAGUAUGCCGAACAUUUAGGGGCAUCAGUGUUUUUAUAUAUCAGAUGCAUU